UGUCCUGGGCAGGCGCAGGCGGGAUCCUGGGGCGAAUCUCUCUCUCUGCACCAAACCAGGACGAUGCAUCAGGCAUCCCUGUCUCUGCUGCUGGCUGCCAGCGCCGCCCUGAUCCUGGCGACGUCGGCAGGUCUGGUGAAGAAGGUCGUCAUCCCAGGCUACAUCGACUGCGUCAGCUCCAACGACUGUGGCACGACAGAGUGCUGCGUCCUCGGCACUGCGCGCUUCAGCAUCCCCUCGUGCCAGAUCCGCGGCGAGGUCGGCGACCCGUGCAGCCCUAUCAGCCAACCGCGCAACAUGUCCGUCAGCUACCUGGACGGGAGCGUCGUCCAACUGGUCGACGUGUACAGCGUCGUCUGCGCAUGCGCGCCGGGGCUGCUGUGCAGUCCGGACUCAGCCACGUGCGCCGACCCGCUCGCCAAGCAGUCUCUCAACGAACUCGACGAUUGAUGCUCCUUGGACAGUUGUCGACACAGUCUACGAUUUCAUAAUACGUCUGAAAGAAAAAAGGCCUUGGCUUUUUAUUCGCUUGAUAAAGUACCGCACAAGCCUUUGAGAGUUGUUUAAAGAAACUCUGGGCCGUAUCCUUCGACUAAUUUCACGUGAAUCUCAUUGUUAAAUUUCAUGUUGUAUCCGUGACAUAAUAACACAUUCUUGACAUUACAUGUCCUCAAAACCUCAUUCUUGUAUUUCAUGUUGUAUCCUUGAUAUUAUAACACACUCUUGACAUUAA